AUGGACUUGUUGUCUGUAGUUCAUUUACUUGUAUUAUUGAUGGGUGGGACGAAUGUACGCUCUGUGAAGUUGGGUCCAUGUAAUGGCAGUUGCAUCAGGUAUUCCCUUGUAAAGCUUUUGAGGCUUUUUGGGUAUGAUGCUGUUGUUUGUGUAUCAAGGUGGCAUCAUAGUGGCAAAGUCCCUGGAGUUGUCUAUGUUGGUUCCAUGACUCAGUUCAAACAAUUGCCUCAACUUAUGGUUGAAGAUGCUAGGUCAUCUCUCGAACAAAACUCGAUGAUGUUCCCUCUAUGGAGACCACUUGCUUAUUUGCAAGCAAAGUGCUACUCUGACACGACAUCAGCAUCAAUUCUUCUUCUUGCCAUUAGCAAUGCAAAUGACAUUUAA